UUAAAAGAAGAUGAAUAAUUCGAAUUAUCAUGAUAAUCGAUUCGAUAUCUCUAUUAUGACAAUCGAAUUAUCGAUUAUUUUUAAUUCGAAAUUCGAAUUAGUCCAUCACUACCUAUGAUACCAUGUUUGAGAAAUGUUAUUUGAAUUUAUUUUAUAUAACUUACCACUCUAUUGAAUCACCUUUAAAAAAUUUAAUUGUUAUAUUUUAUAGAGGGGUAGGUAGGCCUGUAUUAUAACGUAGCUCUAAGAAAACAUGGAUUCAGAUGAAGAUGAAGUUUUUCCCAUUGAGAACGGUCAGAUAUUUCAAUACAAUGAUCCAUAUCUAGUAUCAGGUGUCUUAAGGUCGGUUGUGAUGGAAGACUUGGAUAAAAUUAAGGAUUUAUUAGCAUUUGGACACUCUGUCAACAUCAAUGACAAUCAUGGAAAUACGCCACUCCAUAUAGCUGUGAUGAAGAAAAAUUUAAGUAUUAUAAAUUUUCUCCUUGCUGAAGAAGACAUAGUCAUAAAUAUCAGGAACUUUCAUGGAGAGACACCUCUGUUUAUUGCCGUGGAAAUUGGCAGUUUUGAGUUGGCACAGUGUCUUGUUAAAAAUGGAGCCGAUGUGAAUAUACCAACUUAUCAAGAUGUAACACCACUUCAUGUUUCUGUUCAAUUUCCAAACAUCGCCCAAUUACUAAUUACAAAUGGGGCUGAAGUGGAUCCUUCAGAUUAUACUGGUGAUACUCCCUUACAUAGAGCUGUAGAUAUCUGUCAUUUGGAAACUGUAUGCAUGCUUUUAUUCUAUAAUGCAGAUGCUAAUAUUCAGGGUAACUUCAACUUAACCCCAUUUAUGAUAGCUCUCCUCCAAGAAGAUUAUGCUUUGCAGGAAGUUUUACUUGAAUAUGUGAAUGAUUUUAAUAUAUCAACUGAAGAUGAAGAACAUACUUUAGAUCUGGCCCUGACCCACAAAAGUAUUUUUGUUGAAGAAAUAAUUAAGCGAGGAGCCAGAGUCAACUUAUCAGCCUACAAGUAUUCCUUGUGGCAACCAAAUCCUGAUAAUUUUAAAAUCGUAUGGAAUAAACUGCCUCCUCAAAAAGCAAAACAUGUUAAUCUGAUGGAGUUGGUCCAUUUGCUGGAUGAAAAUAAUUUUUGUUAUUACAUGGAUGUUAUUAUGGAAGAUUCAGACCCUUUGACACUGGUGGUGAUUGCAAAAAAAAUUAACGAUUGUGAAAUGGCUUUGAUAGUCGGUAAAUACUCAAAAUGUAAAUCUGCCCUAGAUAAACUAAUGAAAUUUAUAUUCAUUUUGCUUCAACAUGGUUACAAAAUGGAUAGCUCAGUUAUUGACACAAUUUUCUUUAAAUAUGAAUACUGUGAACUGAUCAAAUUAUUACUAUUUAUCGACUAUGUUAAUGAAUGGUGUCCUCCUAUAAUUACUUCAAGGUUAAUUUUUGAUAUAAAAAGUAGUGUGAAAAAGGUAUGCUGUGAUGUUAAAUCUACUCUUGCUUUGACUAAUUUAUGUUUCCUUAGAGAAGAUAUAAUUAAGUCAUUCAGCUACUGGGUUUAUCCUCCUCUGGUAGAGCUGUAUUACACUUUAAAACAUGUUGAAUUCAGAAAUUCAGAUGAUGAAGAUAAGUUUUCACAUAUUAUUGAGCACUUACCAAAAAUGCCUUCAUUACUUGAAUUGGCUAGAGAUAAGACAAGAGAGCAUAUUGUUGAAAGAUUGAAAAUCACCACUACUUGUCAAUACUAUACAGUGAUAAACCACCUAGAUAUUUCAACAAUUUUCAAGAAAAUAUUAAUGUUUGAGACUAAAAUUUAUAAUAAUUAGACUUUGCAAAUAUGUUUUUGCUCCGAAUCUACCGUCAUAUAAAUUUGAUGAAAACCCAUAACUAAUUCAAUUUUCUCUGAACAGUUCACAAAAUCACAAACUAUGCCUUACCAUACUGUAGCUUCCUCAGGCAUGUAUACACUAACUGAAUUCAAUUAUUUGGUCCUGCGGUGAAUUUUCAUAAUUCUUGAAUCUAACAAUUCCCAAGCAUUCUCUUUCAAAUGUAACAUGUCAUAGUCGUGGUUGAACUCACUUCCCUUUACCAAAAGAUGGUUUGCAAGUGUGGAACUGGCCUUCACAUUCAAGAAACUACUAUGCACCCUUAUUCCUUGGGAAAAUAAUCUUACCUUUGGGCAAUGUAGAAUUUUUGGCAACAACCACAAGUUAACUCAUACUCUGGAUCUAUCCGACACUUAAGUUUUGUCUAUAUUGUUUUUAAUAAAUUAUUCGUUCUGUAAACCACGUCCAAAUAUUCCUUUUUCAAAAAAGAGUGAUGUAAUUGGUGGGCUCACCAAAGUAUGUCAAUGUCCUGUGAUGUGAAGCACAAUAUUGAAUGCUGCUACCUGUUGCUGAUAGGGAAGUGCCAAGGAUUUUUGUAUGACAAUGUCCUCAUAAGAUGGUUUGUGAAAAAUUGCAAACCAUGUUCAUUAUUAUUUUCAGUAGUGAACCCACCAAUAACAGUUCGUUUAAAAAAAUUAAACCAAAUUCAUCAAAAUCAAUAAAAGCAAAACUUCAGUGUUGAAUAGAUUAGAAGUAUAUGACAUGACAUGUGGUUCCUGCCCAGAACUUUAUAUUGGCUAAACUGGGAGAACAAUUUCCCAAAGAAUUGAAGAGCAUAGAAGUAGUUUCUUGAAUGGAAAGUCCAAUUCCACAUGUGUUAACCAUCUUUUGGUACAGGAAAAUGAGUUCAAUCACGAUGGCAUGUUACAUUUGGAAAAGAAAUGUUUGAAAGUCAAUCAUUUGGAGUGCUUGGGAUUUAAUAGAUCCAGGAAUUCUAAAAGUUUACUGAAUAACCAAAUGAAAGUGAAUACUUCCUCUCUAUUAAAUCUUUUUUCUAAUGUGGAAAUUGUUAAUUAAUUCAUUACAUGCCAAUUUAAUGAGUUUGUAAAAUUUCUCUUCUAAUGAUAAAAAAUUUCCAAUCAGUUUAUACCAAAACACAGGUUAAAGCAUUAAUCAUUGAGUAGGAAGAAGAGGGUCAUAUGAUUCAAAUUUUGAUAUUUUAUAAAGCACUAUAAAUAUAACUGAAUACUAACAUAAAUUACUAACUAAAUUCUACUCAAAUUUAGUGAGUAUGAACAUGCCUGAGGAAGCUAUCAUAUAAUGGAACAUAAGUUGUGGUUUUCUGAAUUGUUUAGUGAAAAUCCUACAGUAACGUGUUACUUGUAUAUAUUGUAGAGUCAAUCUGGAAAAUUGUAUGAUCGAUUAAUUUUUUCCCAAUUUUCAUAAAUGAAUUCAUUGGAAAUAUUCUACUUAUAAAAUUUUUCAAAAAUAAAUUAAU